UCGCCAAAUAUGAGCUUUGAUUUGCUUAUCGCAAAGCUUUGUUUUGAAAAUUGAAGAAAAAAUUGUUGAUUAAACCCGAUUAUAUGGAAAUGAAGACAGGAACUUUGUUGGUUGUCUCGAUUUUGAUUUCACAGAAUUCGCAGACAGGAGGAUCCGGUGUGACCUACAACAAGUGGAGUUUGGACCAGAACUCCUUCGAAGUCCUCUUACCGUUCAAUGAUGAUACCGAUCACACUAUAACAAUAGGCGAUAAAAUAUCCUUCCGAUUCACACUAACUGCACAUGAGGAUGAUAUCGUAGACGAUGUUCUGCUAGUUGAGAUGUCGGCUUCCUACAACGGAUUCAGCAGUCUCCUUUUCUGCGGAGAACCCACUGUUGAUGCAGACAUUUCAGCCCUGCCCAGACUAUGGGGCACUACUUAUGACCCAACAUACCAGGACAAAAUGUUUGACUCAUACGUAUUUGACUUUGGAAGUUCUGUGAGCGCAACGCAAGGUCAGAAGAUUGUUUUCAACUUUGAGAUGAUCGUUGCUGACAACUCCCAAUACGUGGAAAACGAAGCCUAUUGGAUGGGAGUCGGCGUGGAAUUCAACCAAUCACAGAACAUCUGGGUCAGCGACAUUCGAUUCGUACUGGGACCCAAGCCGGAAAACAUUGGCGCAACAACUCGACAACUCUCUUUUGAAAAGAGCUUCACAUUCCCAACUUAUGUCAGGGGUGGUUCCCAAUCAACAUACUUGACAAUCAGAGAUCCCUUCAACUCGGUUGGGUUCCGACCGGAAGUCGAAAUUUUGAACCCCGAUGGGAACAAUUUCUGCAUCUGUCAGUUCAGACCCGUUCACAUGGACGUCGCCUUCAUCGGCUGUGGGGAUGACGGGUUCCCGCUUUAUACUUCCAAAUUCUACCCACCCUACAAUACUACAAAAUGCAAGACAAAAUUUGAGGUCGAUUUUGGUGUCUUGACCAAGAAGAAUUCAGCAAGCGACUAUGAUGAAGUAGUGAUGGAAGUUGUAAUCUGUGCUAGUGAGGAGGCUUCUGGCUCCUUCGAACUGUCUGCACGGGUAGAUGCUUCUGGAGGGAGUACUCCAUCUGCCGGAAUCGAUCCAGAAACUCUGACCUUCGAAGAAGUUCCUGGCGGUGAACUAAACUCGGUCAACUGCCAAAUCGAUUUCAUGUUCACUGAGAUGUCCCCUGGAAGGGAGUUCUCAAUCAGAAGUACUUUCUCCCCCUCCCCUUACACGAAGUCCAACAACUAUGUGGUACGACAGUCACUCAAACUGGAUGGUUGCCAGGAGAAGUUUGAUCACGUGAAACCACGUAUGGUCAUGACUGAACGAAACGUGGAGUUUAGCGGAAAUAUUGCCUUCUGGGACGAAUCUGACGGAACGAUGACAGCUGAGUUUGACAAGUUCUUGGUCAAUAGCAGACAUGCCUCUUAUUUCAACGAAGAAGAACACUUUCAGUUCACCACUGACUUCAUAGGCACGUUCGGGUUCUCAGCUGGAGAUUGUCCUAAUAUGGUGAUCUCCUCUGAGGUGUUUCUGGUGUUGCCUGGAGGUCAACUGAGGUCACAGUGUCACAGGAGUUUCAAUGCGGCCGAACAACCCCAGCAAGAUGCAAGUACCUGUCCAGACUUGUCGGCGGAUGAUGUGGUGAUCGCGGGCAUCGCAGACCAGGAAAACCCGAGUGUUGUACUAUACGCGGGAAGCACCACAGCCCUUCACUUUGUCCUCACUCAAUCCGCCGACUGCGCUCGGUUUAGAGCCGAUAAUUUUUCGAUCAAUGCGGAUUUAAUACAACUGGGCGACAACUUUCCCUCUCGUCUUUCAAUCGAGCGGGUGCGACUCACCCACGUGGGCGACAACUUCCUCGGACUGCGAGACAAGAUCGACUCGUGGCUGGAGUACGAGAGUCGGGUUCUGGUGUCGAACCCCCACUACGACAUUGGCUCAGUGUCGGUGUCUCUUAAUUUGGGUCAUAUGGAGUACAUACGCGUGAGCAGUGAUGACGUCAGAGACAGACAGAUUAUGUUCACGGUGGAGUAUUUCCUGUUUGAUGACCCCCCUGCCCUGGAUUCCAGUUGGUCUCACGAGGUCACGGUUAACUUGGCUGACGGAGUGCAGCUUCUGUGGUACAGGACAGUCGAGAUGUUCCUCUAUUAUGACGUCAACACAUCUUCCCUCACAUAUCCACAAUUCGAUCCCGAUUUGUGGGAACAAAAAGAAGAUUAUAAACUCAAAUCGGAUUUUCCCUACCCGCUUCUGGAGUCAGAAUCAACUGCAAAUCCCUGGAACCGCCUAGACCAAGUCUUGGCUUGGAGAGUGACCUUGUAUUUGGGUCAUUACGAACAGUUUAACCGACUGCUGCUGGUUCUGUGUGUCCCUGAUAGUCCAUCUUAUCUUCAGAUUGAGAGUGUCGAAAUAAAUCCUGGACGAAACAUUUUUCUGAAGAGCAUUGAUCCUAGCCAGUUCAUAGUUGACCAUUUGAAGUAUGCAUGGGCUGCUGCAAAUCUCGGUUCCUUCAAAAACGAAAGCAGAGUGGACGACGAAAUAGAAGUAAUCGUACAGAUUCGAGUCACAAGUUCACAUGGCUCUCUUCAGAAUUCCACCAUCAGUUUCUGCAGUAUUGACUACAAUGACUCUUCUAAAUAUUAUUGCGAAUUUGCAAGUGAAAGUAUUCCUCCUUACGAUCCAACAUACGAGACGGCCUUGGCUGAUCCAACAAUUACAACCGAGUUCCAAAACGAACCAAUGUUGAUACCACAAUCUGGUGCGAGUUCUGUAGCUUUCAACGUUUACUUUGCGUCUGAAAGUAACUGGAGGCUCGAACUUGGACUGAAAUCUGUAGUUGUAGAGUCUUCUGGAUCAUGUCAGGUUCAACUGGAAAGCUUAGAGAUGAUGUCAUAUGGGGAGAGCAUUGCAAUGAUUGGUGACUUCAAGCUGAAAAACUGUUCUGAGUAUUACCACACUGAAUGCCAGUGGUCACCGAACGAAAUUUACGCAGACUUUGGAAUGAUUAGCAACCUCAACAUUAACCAAAACGACAUUGUCACUACUGACCCAAAAAACCAGAUCCUAUUUUCUUCGGUGGUAGCAGUAGAUGAAUACUGCACUCUUGGAACUCAAUUGGGAUUGGAACUCACCAUUGUAGUCCAUGAUGAAGUGGAGAAUCAAUCUUUCCCAGUCACUGCUAGCUUCAUCGACAUUCACGUCAAUGAUCUGCAGUCGUCAGUGGUGCCUGGAAAAGAGAUCUCCACGCAGAUGCACAAGGAGAAAGAUGGCAGAAUUGUGAAUGACAGGCCAUUUUCUGCCAAAUCAGGAGCACCAGAGAGAUUCAUAUUAGAGGUAUUUCUCGACGACUUCAUGACCGACGAGAUCCAAGUAGUAAUUGAGCCCGAAUAUUCGUGGAACCAUUCAGGGAACUCAUUCGAAGGGGGAGCCGCUUUCACUAUCCUCGGAAUGCAUUUGCUGGACAUCGGAACAGACAUUUACGGAGCUUGCGAUCUGAACGAUACGAUGCAAAUCAAUUUUUUGUCGUACAAAAAAGAUUUCACAGAUUCACUGAGUUCGAAUGGACUGCAAGCACAAGCGGCGUAUCUGAAUCUGGGAGUUAUUUCGCAUAUCCCCAAUGCCAGAUUAGCCUUUCAUUCAACUGUCAGACCAACCGACUCUGACACUCAAUCCAACUCCAUUCUCAUAGCAAUUGACUUCGAGCUAAACGACGAAUUCUUCCUAGAAGACGUCGAUGAUGAUGCGACUCUGAUUGUGUCUGUUCUCGCUGUGUAUCAUGGGUUGUUGUCCAGUUAUCCGGUGUCUAUUAAGACGGAGUUCACACCCGAUCGAUAUCCAGUGGUGUUGAUGGACCUGACGAGUUACUUUUUGGUCCCUCGAGAGGCGAUGCCAGGAGACAAAGGCAUCUACCAAGUGGACUUAUUUCACGACUGUGACUCUUCGGCGGAAGCACGUGACUUCAAAGUGGUCGUACACCUGCCGAGUUAUGCCGACUACUACGAGACAGACUGGGUUCACAACAUCGGCAGAGAUGCCUACUUUGAGAAUAACAGACCCCACUCAAUUGAAUUCUGGUUCCGCAGCAUCGAAAAGACGGAAUUUCUGAGGUUCAACGUUACCUUCAAGUUCGCAGAGAACCAUCGCUACUUCAAAAGUGCCCGCAUCUAUUUGACUGCACUGCCUUUCGAGUACUUCUACAGGAAACUAAACCGCACAAACGACCACGCCAGGUUUUCACUGGCCACUUUUGCUCCCAAAAUCAGAAGUGAAGAGAUCCAACUGAUUGUACAAGAGGCAACCUGCUCGGGCAAGAUAGACGUACACGACUUGACUAAGAACUACCCGUGUCAGUUGAGUGCCUCCACUUACUUAAACCCAGUACUCCAUUCGGCAACUGAGAGCUUCCUCUUGAGUGACAGGGGCUACAAGUCCAACAACUGGGCAGGGCAGUACAAUGUCGCACAGUCCCUCAAGGUAGCGCUGGUCGAGGAGAUUCUACUGUCGCGCAUUUAUGUCAACCUCAACACAACAGUGCACACGUUCAAAAUAAGGUACAGUAAUGACGCGGAGGGGAAAAUUUGGACAGAUUACGAGGAGCUCAAUGUCUGGCGGGAGUUCAACUUGGCAGAUGCCUAUAAGCCGACAGAUUCGAAAUUCACCAGUGCCGCAUACUCUGUCGGCUACUUCGACAUUCGGGUUCCGCAGCGACUCAAGUGGCUCCAGUUCAUAUUCACCCAAGUAGACCCCAAAGGGGGAGGGGUCACGUGGCGGUUCGAACUGUCGGGGUGCAAGGGGUCUGUUGGUGCUCCUCCGGCUGAGGACUACAUGCGAGCGUGUGAUGGGGACUCGAAUGUUGCGGUGAGGCCCGAGUCUUACUCAAGAGGCUUCAUCGCAGACUCCGACCGAAGAGCGCUCUAUGUGUGUGAGAAAAAUCUACUUCACAAGGAGAGCGUGAUGGAGUGUCUUCGGAUGACAACCUUCAACGGGACAUUCCGGUGGACUGUGUUGAGCAAGAUAAUGGCAGGCGUGAUUGGCUACUUGGCCAGUCCUGACUUCCAGCUGUUCGCCAUCGGGAGGAGCCAGAGGACAUACAUGGCAUCUUCUGACGUCGGCCACACCUGGAUGACUGUUCCCACUAAGGACUGGUGGGAGGCGAGGGCUCAGAGUCGACAGAAGUUCAAGCCAGUGCUCGUGAUGCCCCCCACGCUCCCAUCCAAUCACGUCAGUGACUCCACUGUCAACUGGGGGGCCAGAGGACUAGAGGACCAGUGGACAGAGGGAGAGGUUUUUCGGGCUAACAAAGACGGGGUGUACUUCCAGCAACAUCAGAUGACGCAGAAUGGCACCCAGACUAUCUGGACACUUAUAUACGACUGGGGAUCGGCUUGUUGCUCCGGCAUAAGCACGAAAUGA